AUGAUGGACGUUAACAGCAGCGGCCGCCCGGACCUCUAUGGGCACCUCCGCUCUUUGCUCCUGCCGGAGGUGGGGCGCGGGCUGCCGGACCUGAGCCCCGACGGCGCCGGCCCGGUCUUGGGCUCCUGGGCGCCGCACCUGCUGCGCGGGGUCCCAGAGGUGACGGCCAGCCCGGUGCCCACCUGGGACGCGCCGCCGGACAAUGCCUCUGGCUGCGGGGAGCAGAUCAACUACGGCAGAGCCGAGAAAGUUGUGAUCGGCUCCAUCCUGACGCUUAUCACGCUGCUGACGAUCGCCGGCAACUGCCUGGUGGUGAUCUCGGUGUGCUUCGUCAAGAAGCUCCGCCAGCCCUCCAACUACCUGAUCGUGUCCCUGGCGCUGGCCGACCUCUCGGUGGCCGUGGCGGUCAUGCCCUUCGUCAGCGUCACCGACCUCAUCGGGGGCAAGUGGAUCUUUGGCCACUUCUUCUGCAACGUCUUCAUCGCCAUGGACGUCAUGUGCUGCACGGCCUCGAUCAUGACCCUAUGCGUGAUCAGCAUCGACAGGUACCUUGGGAUCACGAGGCCGCUCACGUACCCUGUGAGGCAGAACGGGAAGUGCAUGGCGAAAAUGAUUCUCUCCGUCUGGCUGCUUUCGGCCUCCAUCACCUUACCCCCGCUCUUCGGGUGGGCUCAGAACGUAAACGACGACAAGGUGUGCUUGAUCAGCCAGGAUUUCGGCUACACCAUCUACUCCACGGCAGUGGCGUUUUAUAUCCCCAUGUCCGUCAUGCUGUUCAUGUACUACCAGAUCUACAAGGCCGCCAGGAAGAGCGCCGCCAAGCACAAGUUCCCCGGCUUCCCCCGGCCCGAGGAGCCGGACAGCAUCAUCUCCCUGAACGGCAUGGUGAAGCUCCAGAAGGAGGUGGAGGAGUGUGCCAACCUUUCGAGACUCCUCAAACACGAAAGGAAAAACAUCUCCAUCUUUAAGCGGGAGCAGAAAGCAGCCACCACCUUGGGGAUCAUCGUCGGGGCCUUCACCGUGUGCUGGCUGCCCUUUUUCCUCCUCUCCACGGCCAGACCCUUCAUCUGCGGCACGGCCUGCAGCUGCAUCCCGCUGUGGGUGGAGAGGACAUUUCUGUGGCUGGGCUAUGCAAACUCUCUCAUUAACCCUUUUAUAUAUGCCUUCUUCAACCGGGACCUGAGGACCACCUACCGCAGCCUACUCCAGUGUCAGUACCGGAACAUCAACCGCAAGCUGUCAGCUGCAGGCAUGCACGAGGCCCUGAAGCUCGCCGAGAGGCCCGAGAGACCCGAGUUUGUGCUACAAAACUCUGACUACUGUAGAAAAAAAAGUCAUGAUUCAUGAUCAAAAGUGGAAUAAUGGAAAUGAAAUCAACAAGGCAAGACAGAGGUGGCAACAGAACUCAACCAUUUGCUGAGGCCACAGAAUGGAGUGCGGCUUGUCCUUUCCUGGGGUGGCUGAGACGUGACAAGCAGGGUGAUCUGUUGUACAAAGCAUAUUGUGAGGGAGAUGGUGACCUCUCAUCUUUUCCUGUGGAUCAGUGCUGCUGUGUGCCAGGGAAAAUAGUUUUCCGCUUAAGACAGCCAGAUCAGCUCAGCAGUACGCACACAGACAGAACUGAGUCCCAGAAAGGAAACCAUUUCUGGUGCUUUGUGUAUGUCCAAGCCCCUACAAAUGGAAGAAAGUUCCAAUGCACACUUCCCAUGCUUCCAAGUCUAGGCAUUGUGGUGAAUAGUCAGGAAUCAUUCACAAGACAGAAUGUAUUUUGUGGCAGGACAGAAGGGUGUGUUUCCAAGCAAAUUGUGGUUAAGCGUAGUGUUGAAUAUGUUGCAUGUCCGUGUUAGAAAACAGAAUCCUGUCAUCAGCUAAUACAAAUGAUGUCCCAGAGCAGUGUCUGGUUAAAGCUUCUGUCAAAUAGUUUCGCUUCUUUGCAGGGUCCCUGUGACUUCCCCACCAAUGUACUUAUCUUUGUGAACUCAUGUAUCGUUAUGGUAUAACUCAGGAACAGAUCUCAGGAUGGAGAGAAACAGAAAACCUGGAUAAAGCUUUUUCUUGCACUCACACUUCUUCUGAAGGGUCCUGAGAGAUGAGGGGUGUUCCUUCGGUGAGGCUUUGUACCUGGAUGAAGAGCGAGCGCCACCGAACUGGGCUGUAUACCAGCAUGGUUGUGGGC